CUGCAGCCUCGGGGCCGGCGCGCCGGGACAUGACCUGUUGCAUCGCGCCCGCCGCCGCAUCAUGCUGCUGAGGAAGCGCGGACGCCACGGCCCGUGCGGCCCGCAGCUGCUGCUGCUCUUCCUGACGCUAGGGGGCGCGCUGCUGCUGGUGGCCGUGCGGCACGCGCCCGAGCCCCGGCCCGGCCCGCGCGGCCCGGCAGCCAGCGCGCACCCCGACGCCCGGGAGUCGCAGCAGCGGAUGCUGGAGGGGGAGGAGGGCCAGGAGUACGACCCCCUGGACGGCCUGCCGCCCUUCAUCUCGCUGCGGGAGGAUCAGCUCCUGGUGGUCGUAGCAUCCCCCCGCGCCCGGAGGAGCCAGAGCCAGGGCAGGAGAGCGGGCAGCUACCGGCUCAUCCGGCAGCCCGGCCGCAGGCGGGCCGAGGAGGAGACCGCCGACAGGGACUGGGCAGCCGAGCAGGAGCAGGAGCAGGAGCAGGAGGUGGCAGGGGAGGUGUCUCAGGAAGAGGUGCUGACCCCGCUCCGCCUGGAGGAGGCGCUCAGCGCCAGCAUCCCUCUGCACCGGGCGCCGCCAGAGGGCCGGCAUCCGCUGUGUCUGCAGCAGCGCCUGGCGACCAGCCUGCCCACGGCCAGCGUCAUUCUCUGCUUCCACGACGAGGCCUGGUCCACCCUGCUGAGAACUGUGCAUAGCAUCCUGGACACGGCGCCCCGGGCCUUCCUGAAGGAGAUUGUCCUUGUGGAUGACCUCAGCCGGCAAGGACAGCUCAAGUCUGCGCUCAGCGAGUAUGUGUCCCGGCUGGAGGGGGUGAAGUUGCUGAGGAGCAACAAGAGGCUGGGGAGCAGCGGGGCCCGGAUGCUGGGGGCCACCAGGGCCACCGGAGACGUGUUGAUCUUUAUGGACUCACACUGCGAGUGCCACCCAGGCUGGCUGGAGCCCCUCCUCAGCAGGAUAGCUGGUGACAGGAGCCGGGUGGUGUCCCCAGUCCUGGAUGUGAUCGACUGGAAGACUUUCCACUACUCCCCUUCCGAGGCCCUGCAGCGCGGCGUGCUGGACUGGAAUCUGGAUUUCCACUGGGAGGCUCUACCAGAGCAUGAAAGGAAGAAGCUGGAGUCGCCCAUCAGCCCUAUCAGGACCCCCGUGGUGCCCGGUGGAGUGGUGGCCGUGGACAGACACCACUUCCUGAACACAGGGGCAUAUGACCCUCUCCUGUCUCUGCGGGGCUCCGAAAACCUGGAACUGUCUCUCAAGGCCUGGCUCUGUGGCGGCUCCGUGGAAAUCCUCCCUUGUUCACGGGUGGGGCACAUCUACCGGAGCCCGGAAGCCCUCUCCCCACUGGACCAGAAGGCCAAUCUGCAGAGCAAAGUUCGCAUGGCGGAGGCCUGGCUGGGCUCUUUCAAAGACACAUUCUACAGACACAGCCCUGAGGCGCUCUCCCUGAGGAAGGUCAACAGGCCCGACUGCACCGCGCGCCUGCAGCUGCAGAGGAGGCUGGGCUGCCGCACAUUCCACUGGUUUCUGGCCAAUGUCCACCCAGAGCUGUUCCCAUCUGAACGUCGGCCCCAGUUCUCCGGAAAGCUCCACAACACGGGCCUGGGCUUCUGUGCUGACUGCCAGGCGGAUGGGGCCCUCCCAGGCUGUGGCCUGACACUGGCUUCCUGCAGUGACAGCAGGAAGUCACAGCACCUGGAGCACACCGGCAGGAAGGAGAUCCGCGUUGCCGGCCCCCAGCGCCUGUGCUUGGACGUCCAGCAGGAGCGGGUGAUUCUGGAGAACUGUACAGAGGGGGGCUCCGCUGACCAUCGGCAGUGCUGGGAUUUCCAGGAGAAUGGAAUGAUUGUCCACAUUCUAUCUGGGAAAUGCAUGGAAGCAAUUACUCAGGAAAACAACAAAGAUCUGUACUUGCGCCAGUGUGACGGGAAAGCCAGCCAGCUGUGGCAGUUUGAUGUCAUCAACCCAGUGGAUGAACGAUGAAUGUCACCCUAGGAAGGCGAAGAGAAUGUUGGCGCUCAUACUUCCACCCCUGGUGGACUAGAGAGCUUGACUGUCUCUCACUUCAACUCUUCUAUGAGUGUGUGUUGUUGGAGAGAGCAGAGAAGGGAGCUCUGUGAAGGAAUAGAGAGAGUCUCCCAAUCCUGCCUCUAAAUUCAUUGAGAACUGGUGGGGUGACUGUUUAUGAGUGAUAGCACAGUGGUAGGGCGUUUGCCUUGCACGCAGCCAACAUGACCGACCCGAGUUCGAUUCCUCCGCCACUCUCGGAGAGCCUGGCAAGCUACCGAGAGUAUCUCACCCGCACAGCAGAGCCUAGCAAGCUACCUGUGAUGUACUCGAUACGCCAAACACAGUAACAACAAAGUCUCCAAUGGAGACGUCACUGGGCCCGCUCAAGCAAAUCGAUGAACAACGGGAGGACAAUGGACAGUGAACCUUCCCCCAAAUAGUCAAUGUGUCAUUGCCUUUAUCAUUGACCAAUGAUAUAUGGUAGAUAUUCGAACAGAUGGUACAGAAGACACUUGGUGGAUUUUUUUUCUUUCAUUGAACACUUGGCAGUUGUUUCUAUUUCUGACUACAAAGCAUAACCAUUCUCUGGAAGCACCUUCAGGAUCCGUAAAUGCAACUGAUCCAUAGAUCUCCUGUGGUCUUCACUUGGAUGUGAGUAGGCAAUCAUGAGACUUGAAGUGUGAGGAGGACUCCAAAACCUUUGCAUCCGGCUUAUUUGGACGAACGUCCUGUUCAUAAGUUGAGCUUUAGCUCAGAAGGACAGAAAACUACUAGAAGAAGAGAAAAGUUGGAGUCAAGAGGGAAGAGAACAUUGACCCAGUUCUUCAGUCCAGCCUAGCAGCUGAUGGAUCUACUUGACCUGGAGUAAGAUACUUUAAUGAGAAAAUUCCUCAGAACUGUCUACCUCCAUUUAUCCUACACUGACCCUUUUCUAGCUUAAUUAACCACAACGAGGUUCUCAUGUAAUCUAUUUCUCUUGAGUUGGUGGCAUAGGGAGGAUCAGCUCAGACUGAGUUCAAUAGUGGACUAAUUUCUCUUACAGGGAUUACAUUAAUUGGGUCUGAGAUAGCAUCCAUGGCACAAAGGCCAAACUCUAAAGGGGAAAAUGCCAGACACUGAGUCAAAAUCCUCCCAGGGAGGAAUUGAGGUUGGGUGUUAAAAUUCAUAAAGGCUGACAAAGCUGUCUCUGAGUCCAUAUGAGCUGUCUGGACCCCCAAAUGUGCCACAGAUAGAACAUUUGGAACAGAAUAGAGAGCACUAGGGAAGAGCUAAAUGUUCCUUUUGGCUCUGACCUGGUCAUCAGAGUUGCUGGGAGGGGCUAACUGAGCUAUAAUGAAGACACCAUUCAUGCUUAAUUCUCCUUCAGAUGAAGUUUUUUCCCCACCUCAGCAUCUUAGAAAUCUCUCUCCAAAGAUGCCAACUUUUUUUGGAGGGGGGGUUGUCCAGAACACUGUGUGUUUCAAAUGAGAAGAACUAGGUAGGUAGGAAAUGUAAGUUUCCAGACUACCUUUCACGAUUAUGUUUUCCUUUGCCUCCAGUAUAAUUCAGUGGCCUCAUACAUUUCUCCUUCUGCUAAACUCUUUUAAUGCAAGCAUCAGUAGUAGCCAUGAGCCUUUGGUGGGUUGCUAUUUAAACCAAAAUUCAUUAAAAUUAAAUGUAAAUAAAAUCAUCUCCUCCUUCGUACCAGUCAUAUUUCAAGUGCUCAGUUGUCACAGAUGGCUAGUGUCUACUAAUUUGGAAAGCACAGCUAGAGAGCAUUCCUAUCUGCAAAUAGUUCACUGGACAGUGCUUGUCUAGAUAGAUUUAUCAUCCCAUAGAGGAGAUUUCAGCUAUCACCUUCUUUGUUCAUGUCAAUUUAAAACAAAUUCCCCUCCCAUAAAGAGGCUGAAACAGAUAAAAAAUUUUCAGAUGGCAACCUGGCAAAGUUUAUUAAGUGGUUAAAAUUUUUAAACAAGACCUGUAUUUUUUUAAGUAAACUUUAUUAUUGGCAUUAUGGGUAUUUGAAGUUGAUGAAAUAAAUUAAUAUAAUUAAAUAAAAGGCUGAAUUCAAUGGUAUAAGUUGUGUUCUAUAGUAAUUAACAAAAG